AAGACAUUGUGUGACUAAUAAUGUCUUCUAACCCCAAAUGAAACCUUCUUCCUUAAGGUUCUUCUCUUCUUCUUUAUAUAUCUCUUUCACCUCUCACUUUCACUCUCUCCAUCUACAUAUAACACAGUGAGAAAACAGAGCAAAAACAGAGAGAUAUUACGAUGUUUUUCUCUAAGGAUCUUCCUUCACCUACUUCGGUUUUCACAGCUUACGCAUCAAUGGCGGGUUACAUGAUGAUGAUAAGAUCAAUGGCUCACGAGCUAAUCCCAGCUCCCCUCCAAGAUUUCAUCUACAGGACUCUCCGGUCUCUCUUCUUCCGUUCUUCUUCCUCCACUUUGACGCUAACCAUCGAUGACGACAACAUGGGUAUGAACAACGAGAUCUACCGAGCUGCUCAGACUUAUCUCUCCACCAAGAUCAGUCCUGAUGCAGUCAGGCUCAGAAUAAGUAAAGGCCAUAAGGAUAAACAUGUCAACUUGUAUCUCAGCGACGGAGAAAUCGUCAACGAUGUGUACGAAGAUGUGCAGCUAGUAUGGAGGUUUGUUACUGACGGUGGAGACAAGAAAGGAGGCGGCGGAGGAGUAGGAGGAAGAGGAGGAGGAGGAGGAAGAAGAGGUGGUAUGGACGAUGACGGUAAAAGCGAGUACUUCGAGCUGAGUUUCGACAAGAAACAUAAAGAUUUGAUAUUGAACUCUUAUGUGCCUUACAUCGAGAGUAAAGCUAAAGAGAUAAGAGACGAGAGAAGAAUCUUGAUGCUGCAUUCUCUCAACAGUCUUAGAUGGGAAUCAGUUAUUCUUGAACACCCUUCGACCUUUGAGACAAUGGCUAUGGAAGAUGAUCUCAAACGUGACGUCAUCGAGGAUCUUGAUCGGUUCAUAAGAAGGAAAGAGUUUUACAAGAGAGUAGGGAAAGCUUGGAAGAGGGGUUACUUGUUGUACGGUCCACCGGGUACGGGGAAGUCUAGUCUUGUUGCAGCCAUGGCUAAUUACCUCAAGUUUGAUGUUUAUGAUCUUCAGCUUGCGAGUGUGAUGCGUGACUCUGAUCUAAGGAGGCUCUUACUAGCUACACGUAACCGGUCGAUUCUUGUCAUAGAAGAUAUCGAUUGUGCAGUGGAUUUACCCAACAGAAUUGAGCAGCCUGUUGAAGGCAAGAACCGUGGCGAGUCUCAGGUUAGAUUUCUACUAUGAUUGGUUUUGGUUUAGGAUUGGCCAAUUGAACCAAAUUUACCAAAUCGAACCAAACCAAAAUCCGUAUCAACCAAAUUUUAAUUUAGUGUAACAAGACUGACUCUGAUUAGUAUAGAGAAUUUUAGUAUAUUUAAAAUUGUAUUUUUUUUUGUUUUCUAUGAAAAUGUGUGUUUAGGGACCAUUGACGUUAUCGGGGCUGCUGAAUUUCAUAGACGGACUAUGGUCAAGCUGUGGAGACGAGCGGAUUAUAAUAUUCACAACAAACCAUAAAGAUAGGCUUGACCCGGCAUUGCUUAGACCAGGACGUAUGGAUAUGCACAUUUACAUGGGACAUUGCUCUUUUCAAGGAUUCAAGACUUUAGCUUCUAACUACUUGGGUUUGAGUGAUGCUGCGAUGCCACACCGUCUAUUUCCGGAGAUUGAGCGUUUGAUUGACGGGGAAGUAAUGACGCCGGCACAAGUAGCAGAGGAGCUGAUGAAGAGUGAGGAUGCUGACGUGGCGCUAGAGGGUUUGGUGAAUGUUUUAGAGAAAAUGAGGCUAAAAUCUAAGGAAUCGAAUCCGGUGAUGAUGAAGCAGAAAGAGAGUAGACUGGAGAUGGAGGAGAUGAGACUAAAGAGUGAUACUGAGGGUUCUCCGAGGAAGAACAGCAAAAGAUUUAAGAAGCUUGUAUUGUUUUGGACAUAAUCCAUUAAUUAGUUCAAAUAAGAUUAUGAGGAAGCAAACAAAAAUAGACGUAUAAGAGGCUAAUUACAACUCUUUAAGUGUUUUUUAAAAGAAAUUUCUUGUAUGUUUAUUUUCUAGGGUUGUGAACCAUUGUAAGACCCAUUAAGAGAUAUGGAACUUUAUUUUUCCUUAAAGUAAGAAACUAUAUAUUGAGAUA